UCAAGCCACCCAGUCUCUGAAGCCACCUCUGCAAAGCCAGGACUUGCAAGCCCCGGGCAGGAGCUGCGUGGAGCCAGAGAACCCCAUGGCGCUUUGGAGGCCCCUGCUGCGGAGGACGAGCAGCCAGAAGCCGGCUCGCCGGUCCUAUACCAUCUACCACAACACGCCGGAGAGGGACAGGGAGCCCGACCUGCAGGUGAAGAUGGAGGGGGCCGAGGAACCCCCUGCCAGCGUGGCUGCCAGCAGCCGGGAGAAAGCGAGGGGAUGCUGGCGGCAGGGCUGGUGGAAGACGGUGGCGUACCUGGUGCUGGUGGGCCUUCUGAUCUUCAUUGUGGCCUUCCUCCUGGGAUAUGUCUCGUCUCGGGUGAGCUGUAGAACCUGCGGGGACUUCCUGACUGUGGUGAGCGACGAGAGCCCAUAUGAGGAGGAGGACGACCCGGGAGGAGCCCCCUUGUAUUGGACGGACUUGAGGGAGAUGUUCCAGAGGUUCCUCAACGAGGAGAAGCUCGAAGGGACCAUCCGAAAGAUGAGCGAGGGCCCGCACCCACCUGGAUCAGCCCGCCUGGAUGCUCUUUCCAGACACGUGCUCAAUGCCUUUGCCUCUUAUGGACUGGACCACUACUGGACCGACAGCCAUUAUGUGGGGCUGCAGCGCCCCAACUGGAGGCAACCCAAUUUUCUGCAUCGAGUGAAUGGCGAUGGCGUUGUGCUAGAGAAGUUGCCUCUGGGAGACCCUGAGGUCUAUUGCGCCUACAGUGCCUCGGACAUUGUCACGGGUGGCCUGAUCUUUGCCAACUAUGGACGACGACAAGACUUCGCCACCUUGAGGCAUCGGGGUGUUAACCCCCAGGAUAAUCUGGUCAUUGUUCGUGUUGGGGAAAUCAGCUAUGCUGAGAAGGUGGCCAACGCAGAGGCCUUCCGUGCCAGAGGAGUUCUCAUUUACCCAGACCCCUUUGACAUCCCCCAAGAGCCUCGCAAACUGGGGCUGUCUCAGAACACAAGCAUUUAUGGACACGUGCACAUGGGGGCUGGGGACCCCUACAGCCCUGGCUUCCCCUCCUUCAACCACACCCAGUUUCCUCCCAUACAGUCUUCCGGGCUCCCCCAAAUCCCAGCACACCCCAUCAGUGCUAGUGUGGCUGCUCCCCUGCUCAGGCAGCUGAGGGGCCCGGCUGCUCCCCAGAACUGGAAGGGGCGCCUUCCCGAUGUCCCGUACCAGCUCGGACCGGGGGAACCCGGAUUCCAGCUGCAGCUGGGAAUUCAGAACAUCAAGCAGUCUGUCAUGGUCAGGAAUAUUUUUGGAUGCAUCGAGGGGAGAUUUGAACCAGACAAUUACCUCAUUGUGGGGGCUCAGCGGGACUCCCUCGGCCCAGGAGCGGCCCGGUCUGGCGUGGGCACAGCCAUCCUGCUGGAAUUAGCUCGCACGUUUGCAGCCAUGGUGCGGAAUGGUUUCCAGCUACGGAGAAGUUUGCUCUUUGUCAGCUGGGACGCUGGUGAUUUUGGCAGUGUGGGCUCCACCGAAUGGCUUGAGGGGUACCUCACCAUGUUGCACCUCAAGGCGGCUGCCUAUAUCAGCCUGGACAAUGCCGUCCUGGGCUAUGACAAAUUCUUUGCCAAGACCAGCCCCGCUCUCCUCAGCCUCAUUGAGAGCAUCAUCAAACAGGUCGAUGGUCCCAACCGCAGCGGCCAGAGCAUCUUCGAGCAGGUGACCGAACAGGGCCGGCCCUGGGAGAGCGAGGUCAUCCGCCCCCUUCCGAUGGACAGCAGCGCCUUUGCCUUCACUGCCUUUGGGGGGGUCCCGGCUGUGGAAUUCUCCUUUGCAGAGGGCUCUCGCCCCUAUCCGUUCCUCAACACCAUGGCCGACUCCUACGAUAACCUGAACCGGGCCCUGUACGGGCGUCUCCCCGCUGUGGCCAAGACUGUGGCGGAGGUGGUGGGUCACGUGCUGAUCAAGCUGUCCCACGAUCACCUCUUGCCCUUGGACUACUGGUGCUACGGGGAUGUGCUCCUGCAGCACAUCAACCGCUUCACGGAAUACACAGCCCUCCUGAAGAGCCGUGGGCUGACCCUGCAGUGGAUGUACUCGGCCAGAGGCGAUUACACCCGAGCUGCUGAGAAACUGCGCAAGGAAAUCUACAGCUCCGAGGAGCAUAACGAGAGGCUGCUGCGCAUGUACAACGUCCGGAUUAUGCGAGUGGAGUUCUACUUCCUGUCUCAGUAUGUGGCAGUGACGGAGACCCCCUUUCGGCACAUCCUGCACGGCCGGGGCCCCCACACCCUGGAAGCCCUGCUAGAGCACGUGAGCCUGCUGCGGGAGGCACCGGACACCUUUGACGAAGUCCUCUUCCGGCGGCAGCUGGCCCUGGUCACCUGGACGUUGCAGGGGGCAGCCAACGCCCUAAGCGGGGACGUCUGGAACAUCGACAACAACUUCUGACAAGGAUCCCUCUCCCUGCUGGAGCCGGAGUGACAUUUGGUGCAGGCUAGAGAGAGCGGUCCCAAGCAUUCUCCCCCACUCUCCAAAUUGGUUUCGGCUCAAGUCCUGAUCUGUGUGUUAUUCUCCUGCCCUUCCUCGAGCCUUCAGUGCCAGUUCUUAAUUUAUCAGUGACAGGGGUCACUAUAAAUGGUUCGUGUGUUGCUCUGUAAGAGGGUACCAUGCUGUGGUUGUAUCCCCCUUGACCUUAAUCAACGUCCCCCCUUAAUUACCACCUUGUCCAUUUCCACCCCUCCCCCUAAUUUAUCAGCGGCAGUGUCUGCUAUAAAUUGGACGGAUUUAUUGCUGUGUGAUCGGGCGACAUCCUGAGCUACCCGCUUCCUUUUGCAAAGGUUUUAAUUGUUCUUCUUCCUUGCUAAUUCCCACCCAUCCCCGCUUAAUAGUUUAUCAGUGGCUGUGAUCCCUAUACAUGUUUAUUGCUCUGUGAUAGGAUGAAAACCCACCUGACCUCGUGAACAGUAAUCGAAUCCUGGUUAAUUUAUCAGUGGCAGAGAUCGCUAUAAAUUAUUUCUUCUUGCA